AUGUAUAUCAACCCAUUAAAUGUUAUGUUUUGUGGGACCCUUACCACCAAAAAGGGUGAAGGAGGACCAACAGAACACUGCUGGAUCCACAAGAUAAUAAUAGCAGCAGCAAACGCCAGGGAGAAGUUUUCCCCCCGGCGGGCGGUGCAGGCUGCACCCAGCGGCGCUGCCGGCGGCGGGGUCGGGCUGGGCUCUGCCGGCAGCAGGUCGGGGCGCUCCGGGCACAAUGCCGCCCCAUCCGCCUCGGAGCAGCGGUACCUCUUUGACAUCUCCAGCCUGCCGGAGGCAGAGGAGGUGACGGGCGCAGAGCUGCGGAUCCUGCGCUCCCUCCCUGAGAACCGGAGCUUGGCGCUGUCCCCCGAGGGCACCUUCCACCACCUCCUCCUUGCCCCCUGCCCAGGCCGGGACGGCGAGGAGCCCCGGCUGCUGGACUCCAGGGCUGCAGACGUUUUGGACACGGGCUCCUCCAGAUGGGAGGUGUUUGAUGUCUGGGAGGCCGUGCGAGAUCAGAGGGAGAGGUCGCUCUCGGGAAGGCUGCUGUGCUUCCAGCUGAGGAUCGUCUCGGAUCAGUCGGGGCAGCUCCUGCCCCCCCGGCAGCUGGGCUUCGGCAAGCCCCGGCCACAGCCCCAUGAGCGAGCCCUGCUCGUGGCCUUCUCCCGCACCCAGAGGAAGGAGAACCUCUUCAAGGAGAUCCGGGAUAAGAUCAAGGCCCUGGGCAGCCCCCCCUUCCUGGAGCCCCCCGAUCCCGGCCAGGAGGCGUAUCCCAAGCGGAGGAAGAGGAGGACCACCAUUGCCGCCCGGUCUGGGGGCAGAGGCCACGGGAAGAAGGCGAAGACUCGCUGCAGCAGGAAGCCCCUGCACGUGAACUUCAAGGAGCUGGGCUGGGAUGACUGGAUAAUCGCCCCCCUGGAUUACGAGGCUUAUCACUGCGAGGGGGUUUGCGACUUCCCCCUGCGCUCCCACCUGGAGCCCACCAACCAUGCCAUUAUCCAGACCCUGAUGAACUCCAUGGACCCGGAGUCCACCCCCCCGAGCUGCUGCGUGCCCUCCAAGCUCAGCCCCAUCAGCAUCCUCUAUAUAGACUCUGGGAACAAUGUGGUUUACAAACAGUACGAGGACAUGGUCGUGGAAACGUGUGGCUGCAGGUAG